UCUUUUUUUUUAUCAACUAGUCAAAAAUCAUCUAUCCCUUAUUGUGAGCCCACCGCCAGAUUUUAAUAAUAUAUAUUUUUUGGAAAAAAAUCGCCUUCCAAUCCGAAACAGGAUUUUUUUCCCGACAUCCCCUGUGCAAUACAUACAGUUUUUUCAUCCCAACUGUAUCUAUAUAUAGUCAAAUGCCCAAACUUCAUGGCCGGGGAAAAGCUAACACACUCACUCACAAAAAAAAAAAAAAAAAAAAAAACUAGUUUGCUGCAAAAGUUACAUCUUUGCUUUCCUGCAAAAAUUGCAUCUUUGCUCUGCUUCAAAGUUCACUUCUUUGCUAACAUGUGGAAUCUUAAGUUGACUCAAUUGUUUCCGGGUCUGCCUGAAGAACUCGGGCUCGAGUGCUUGACUAGGUUGCCUUACUCAGCGCACCCAGUUGCUUCCCAGGUCUGUCGUCCAUGGCGGACGCUAUUAGAAAGUCAACAAUUUUAUCAUCACAGGAAGAAAAAUGGCCACACCCAUAAAGUCGCAUGCUUGGUUCAAGCUCUUCCUCAUGAGCCCCUCGUAUCAGAAUCAGACGGACCCAAAUCCAACGACUCUCCCAGUUACGGAAUCGCCGUGUUUGACCCGGUGAGUUGCUCUUGGCAGAGAGUCGACCCGGUGCCCAAGUACCCAAAUGGGUUGCCUUUGUUUUGUCAACUGGCAAGCUGCGAAGGGAAGCUUGUGGCGAUGGGCGGAUGGGACCCGGUGAGCUACGACCCGGUCACCGACGUGUUUGUGUACGAUUUCACAAAUUCUCAAUGGAGAAAGUGCAACGACAUGCCGUCCAAGCGUUCCUUCUUUGCAAUCGGGUCCUACUCGGGUCGGGUCUACGUGGCGGGUGGGCACGACGAGAACAAGAACGCGUUGAAAUCAGCGUGGGUUUAUGAUUUGAGACUGGACGAGUGGACUGAGUUGACUCAGAUGAGUCAGGAGCGAGACGAGUGUCAGGGGGUGGUGAUUGGGGACGAGUUUUGGGUGGUGAGCGGGUACGGCACGGAGAGCCAAGGGGUGUUUGAGGGAGGCGCUGAGGCGUUGGAGUUCGGGUCGGGUCGGUGGAGGCGGGUGGACGGAGCGUGGGAGGUGGGCCAGUGCCCGAGGCAAUGCGUUGGGGUUGGGAGAGAGGGAAAAUUGACGAGUUGGAGUGAGUUGGACUCGGCGGUCCGAGUUGGAACGUGCGGAGUGACGGUCGGGGGUGGGACCCUGGUGAUGGGGUCGGAGUACCAAGGGGCAAAGCAAGGGUUCUAUAUGGUAGAGGAAAUGAAGGGAGGGCAAAAUGGUAAAUUGGAGAAGAUUAGUGUACCUGAUGAGUUUUCUGGGUUUGUUCAAUCGGGUUGCUGCGUUGAGAUUUGAAUUUUUAAUAGGACAUGCGUGACAUGAGCAUAUAUGUAUGUAUGAUUUUGGGUUCAAUUAUUUUGAACGGAAUGGGUACAUAUAGUUUUGUAUCUUAUUUUUCUGUUUUAUGACUAUGGAUACCCCGCAUGACACAAGUGGUUUGUACCAAGGGUCGGUCCAUUCAUUUUGGAGGACCUGGAUAGAAAUAAAAAUUUAGACAUUUUAUGUUUAAUGUGA